AUGUCUGAAAGUGAUGGCGACGGGUUUAGGUUUGCUGAGAUCCUCGACGACGAUGAGCCUAGCGACCCCAUGGUUCUUGAAGUGCCCCCUCCCCCGUUGCAAAGUUCGACGGUCCGUGUGGAACAGCUCUUCGAUAACUCCUUCGAUAAUGCCAUAUUUGAGGCGCAACUGUAUAUCCCAUUCGAGAUCGUGGCAACCAAAGGAUCUAGCGCUCAACGAAUUGAGCAGGGCAGUGAACGAGAGAAACACUUGCCACAGCACGCUCGAGAGGAAUACACUGAUGCAGUUUUGCAAGAUGAGAAUCUUGAUGAUGAUCACCGACGAUGCGUCCAGAUCUCUUGUAAGAACUGUUGGUCAAAGCUCGAUGAGUAUUACAGCCUACUAGGCCAAUCGCCACUUUAUCCGGCUGCCGUUAUUCUUCACCCACGCUGGAACGUGUCUUGGCUUGAGGCGAACUGGACCAGCGACGAGCAACUAGUGUGGCUACGAGACGCUAAAAACAAUGUCCGGGAAUUCUUUGAACAGCACUAUCCACGUGAGGAGCAGCCCGAAACCUCGAGGACGGUGAUAGGAAAAGCGGUGCGACAAGACGAGCCCAGUCAGCUUGACCAGUGGAUGCAGAGCUGCGACCGGUGCAUGAUGGAGGGAAAAGACGAGCUUGGCACUUACAUGAGGCAAGGGCCAGUGCGGUGA